GCCAACAAAGCCGGUAAAACAACCAAAGUAGGCAACCCACAGCAACUGUUGAGUUUAAUCCCACACGGUUUCGAUGGUAAAACUUUCAAAUAAUAACACGAGAACGUACAAAGUGAAUAUAAGACGAUUACUAAAACUGCUGUUGAGCAUACAAAAAGCCAACAAACAAAUGUUUUACUGUUGCUAAAGUAUUGAAUAUAACUGAAAUGGCUUAAGAGCCUACGGUACGCGAUAUUCAAUACACGGUAUUCAAUAUCAAUACGGAAUGUUCUAAAUGUUCGGAAUGUUUGAGAAUUGUUGUUAGUAAAAUACGUAUGAAAUGGAUUUUGUAAAGUGAACAUAUGCGCUUUAGUGUAUCUUUUUAAGUCACAUAACUUAGUAAAGUGAACCACGAAAUAGAAGGGAUAUCUCGUAAUAAGAAAUCAAUAUCCGACAUUUAUGGAAAAGUACACAAAUUUCGUUAUACAGUUGAUUUCGAUAAAAUGUAAAAUAAAACCACAUAUCUAAGCGGCAUAUAACAAACAUAUCACAUUUAAAAGUCAAAUAUAACUACGCGGUUUGAGAUAGCAUAGAUAACUUGAAAGUUAUCCAUAACAACAACACAUCUGUGUUCUAUAACUGUGGAAAGGAAGAACAACACAUAUUAUCCUUAAAAAUGCUAUUCACAUUUGACACGCGCAUUUUUCUACUGAUUUGCUGUUUGCUACAAGGUUUGGCUGGUUUACGCAUGAUUAAAGUUACUAUACCCGCCUAUAAAUUACGUGGCGAGUCAGCAUUUCUAGAAUGUCAAUAUGAACUAGAUAAAACUAUGUCAAGAAAACAUUUUCGCUAUCAAGAUAGCGAACAGGAUGAAAACCAUGAAGGAGUUAAUAAUAUGAAUUACGUUAAUCCAGAUUCUACAGAAACUCAAUUUCCGCAGUUCAGGCAUAUACAAUCUUAUCCAUUUUCACAGACACACCAGCGCCCAUCUGAUGGCAUUAGAACUGCUACUAAUUAUCAACAUCAUUUUCAAGCAGACCAACCAAAUAGUGAUUCACAUUUUGAACCAUAUCAAUAUCCAUAUCAGACACCUAAAUCACCAUAUGGUCAUAGCAUUUACAGAGGUAGAUCUCCUGUUUCAUAUGGUGGGCAUGUAGGUGCAAGUACUUACAGUCGUAAUUCUCAUAUUAAUUAUGGAAUAUCAGAACAUGAGGAGAGUGUCGAUGAUAGUAAAGAAAGCGAACAGGAAGAAGAGAAAGAAGAAGAAGAUGUUGGUGAAGAAUUAUAUGCAAUCAAAUGGUACAAGGAUAAUGAAGAAUUUUAUCGUUAUUUGCCAAAAGCAAAUCCACCAAAAACAAGUUAUCGCGUCGACGGUGUACGAGUUGUGGAGGAGCACUCCGAUGAUUCAAGAGUUUUAUUAAGAGGUUUAACUAUAAACUCAACUGGGCUUUAUAGUUGUGAAGUUUCUGCUGAAGCGCCGAAUUUUUCAUCUGUUAAAGGAGAAGGACAACUGUAUGUUGUUUUUUUACCACGUGAUGGACCACACAUUAGAGGGCAACAAUUUCAAUAUCAAAUUGGUGAAACGUUAAGUCUGAAUUGCUCAUCUGGAAAAUCGCAUCCUGCGUCACAUUUGCAAUGGUUUAUCAAUGAACAGUUGGUGA